CUAACAACCCAAUAUAUUCAUAUGUUAUGCACAACUAAAGAUAUAUCCUCUUAAACCAUUUCAAAAUAACAUGUAACGUAAAUAUAAAUAUUAAAUACCCCACUUGGAAUUUGCAUAAAAUUAAACCAUGUCAAUCCUUAUGACAAAGCUUAUUAGUUAUUAUUCCACAUAAUGAUUUAGCAAAGAAACUUAAUAUGCUUUCCCUAACAUGACAUCAAGUAGUCCAAAAGUAACCCCUAAAUUGUUGAGAAAGGUGACUUAACCUACUCAUCUUUCUUUUCAUCAAGUUUUCCAUCCUCAUUCAUUCAGUAUUCAACCUUAAAAACAUCAUGAUUUCCAUAUCUAUGCAAAAACAACCCCAACAUACAUAAUAUAAACAAUUUGUUUACCAUAUAUUUUUAUUGUAUUCACGUCAUUGAUAUUACUCGUAGCAAAAAAAAAAUCUCAAUAAGUCAUGGAAGGACAGGUAUGUUGCAUGGUGAUGAGGAUCAACCUUGACUGCAACUCUUGUUGCAGAAAAAUGAGGAGAAACAUCUUAAACAUGAAAGAAAUAGAGAAACACUUGAUAGAAAAACAACAAAACAGGGUUAGCAUUUGCGGGAGGUUUAAACCAUCAGAUGUUGCUAUAAAAUUAAGGAAAAAGAUGAAUCGUAGAGUUGAAAUUCUUGAAAUCGAGGAGCUGACUACUCAUUAUGAAGCACAACAUGAACAUUCAAUCAUAAAUCAUUACAAAUACUAAUUUAUGUAUCAAAGUUAUAAUCAUGACAAACGUGUAUUCAUGGUGUAAAUAUUUACAUGUAAAUAAUCUUUCAAAUUUUCUUUUCUUCAA